CACACCAACGGCUGCACUCCACCAUCGAUAAGCCGCGAGUCCUAUCACCCCGCCAUAGAUAGUUGGUCGAUAGCGACGCACACAAACAAAAUAAAAAACUCCCUCACCAGGACGACAAACGCGACACCGGCACACGAGCAAAAUGAAAUACUUCCAGCAGACAGUCGACUUUGACUACUCCUGGGAAGAAGUCUCGACGAGCAACUGGCGCAAAUAUGGGCCCUGGAACGAGAAGACGCCACACGUAAUCGCCGUCGACACGCUGAGUCGGACGGUAGAUCCGGCCACGGGCAUUCUGCGAUCAGAACGCCUCAUCACAUGCCGGCAAAGCGCGCCGAAAUGGGUCACCUCGAUCCUCGGCGCCCAAGAUCUGUCCCAUGGUCUAUGAGACCUCGUACGUCGACCCAGUCGCCAAGAAGCUCACCCUCUGCUCCAUGAACAUGACCAUGUCCGACCUCAUCAACGUUCGCGAGACAUGCAUAUACCAACCCACUGCUUCUUCCUCGGCUACCGCACCCAGCACAACCUUCACACAAAGAGCCGAGGUAACAGCCCUGUGCGGAGGCUGGCAGAAGAUCAAGAACAGCAUUGAGCAGUUCACUGUUGAGCGGUUCCAGCAGAACGCCGCCAAGGGCAAGGAGGGUUUCGAAAUGGUGCUGGAGAAGGCGAGACAGGUCUUCCAGGAACAAAGAGAACUGCUACAACUGCAGCAGCAGAGUCCAAUCCUGAGGGAGGCCAAGAUGUGAACUGCGACCUCGACACUCGACUCCACCACUACCUAUCCACCGCAGCCCUAGUUUCUGCAUCUCCACUUCUGUACAUUCUCGCAUUUUGAGCGUUUUCCUCGGGUCAUCACAAAAAGUCAAUUUUUCAAGGCGUUUACAAAAGGCAUGGGCUAGGCGUUUGCUAUACCCACGCUCACGAGCACUAGAUGCUAGAUACGCCUUACACGAUAGAAACGCUAGAACCUGAGUUAGAUCAGAGUAACUGUAUAAUGUCACUCACUUUAUAUACUGA